AGAAUUCCAUGUUGUACAGAAGAGAAGCAGAGAAAAAUCAACAGCUGCAGAAACCUCAACGCAAUCGGUCAUGGUUGGGAGAGCAGUUGGUGAUAUUUUUUGAAUAUUAGGCGAUAGCAAGAUAGCAUCCAUCUCCCCCUUUAAAAGACUUGCAAGUACCAUAGACUAUUUCACCAAUCCAUCUCUCUUCCACACCUAAUAUAUAUAUAUACUCCAAACUUGUCAUUCUUUGCUCCAUAUCUCAAUACCGGCCACCAUUUCUUCACAACGAGUUGCAGCAAGAAUUAUUAAUGGCUGUCAAGAGAAUCAAAUGGAGAUCAAUACUACCAACAAGCUGUUACAGGGGUGAAUACCCGUCCAAGACACAGAAAGUAAGCGCGAAACAAACUUCAUUUCAAAGGAUUUCAAUAUCUGAUCUGAGUUACCCGAGCUCGACUCUUUCCGAAGACCUUUCCAUAUCUCUAGCAGGAUCUAAUCUACACAUCUUUACGCUUGCGGAGCUGAAGGUCAUCACGCAGAGUUUCUCGUCGUCUAACUUUAUCGGUGAAGGUGGGUUCGGACCCGUUCACAAGGGGUUCAUUGAUGACAAGCUUAGGCCUGGUCUAAAGGCUCAGCCGGUUGCUGUCAAGCUUUUGGACUUGGAUGGCUCGCAGGGCCAUAGGGAGUGGUUGACAGAAGUUAUCUUUCUUGGGCAAUUGAGGCAUCCGCACCUUGUGAAGCUGAUAGGGUAUUGCUGUGAAGAGGAACAUAGGCUACUAGUAUAUGAGUACAUGCCAAGAGGCAGCUUAGAGAAUCAACUAUUCAGAAGAUAUACGGUAUCCCUGCCAUGGUCAUCAAGAAUGAAAAUUGCUCUUGGAGCAGCAAAGGGCCUUGCCUUCCUUCAUGAAGCAGAAAAACCAGUCAUAUAUCGAGAUUUUAAGGCUUCAAACAUCUUGUUAGACUCGGAUUACACUCCAAAACUCUCAGAUUUUGGGCUCGCAAAAGAUGGCCCGGAAGGAGAUGAUACACACGUUUCCACACGAGUUAUGGGUACCCAAGGCUAUGCUGCUCCCGAAUACAUCAUGACCGGUCACUUGACAGCAAUGAGCGAUGUGUAUAGCUUUGGAGUGGUCCUGUUGGAGAUUCUGACUGGGAAAAGGUCAGUGGACAAGAGCCGUCCUAGCAGAGAGCAGAACCUGGUAGAGUGGGCAAGACCAAUGUUGAAUGAGCCCCGGAAACUUAGCCGGAUCCUGGACCCGAGAAUGGAAGGCCAAUAUUCUGAAGCCGGAGCUCGGAAGGCGGCUGCGCUGGCUUAUCAAUGCCUGAGCCACCGGCCGAAGCAGAGACCAACAAUGAGCACGGUGGUCAAGACUUUGGAGCCCCUCAAGGACUUUGAUGACAUUCCCAUUGGCCCAUUUGUCUACACGGUUCCAACUGAAAAAGAUUUGCCCAAGGAAGAUGCCAAAGAAGGCCAAGGACAAAAGGAACUGAAAAGAGAUUCCCCAAAGAAAGAGAAUGGCCACCAUCAUCACCACCAGGUCCACCACCAUCAUGGCCAUAGGCAUCAAGUCAGAACACCAAAGUCACCUCACUCUUUCUCUGAAACUGCUCUACGCCAAAACUGCAGAAAUGGAAUGCAAUCUCCGUUGCGUCAGAUGGGCAGGGCAGCAUAGACUAGUAGUUAUAUAUAUAUAUAUAUAUAUAUGUAUGUAUAUCAUACUGUAAAUAGAGAGAUUCGUUAAAAGGUUGUCUUGGUUUGCAUACUUUGGAACAUUAAUUCUAGGCUGAAGUGUAAGGAUUGUUUAGAGGAGAAGAUUUUAUCUUGAAUCAAUUUCUUUUUUUUUUUGAAGAAAACAAUUAAGAAUAUUCUUUUGUUUUUGGAUUGUAUGUGAACAAGUACUAUAAUAUUACUGAUUACUUAUUCAAAGAA